AAAUAGGCGGCAGGGAAAACUCGGCUGGAGCGAGAAGCGACCUCGCGAGUCCAUGGACUUCUUGACUUUCGCGAGGGCGUUGGGCCCGGUGGUGGUGGCGGCACGGGCGGCCCUGGGCCCAGCGGCAGUGGCGGCGCGCAUGUUCGGAGCAGAGGGGGCGGGCAAAGCCACGUGGAGGAGGACAGCGCGGCGCCGCCUUCAAAGCGGCGCCGGCGCGCAGGUUGAGACCUGCCGGUGUUGUCUGGUUAGCGACCUGUGCUGACGAGGAUGGCGUAGCGGGCAGUCGGCUGCAGCGGCAGGGGUGUUUUCCUUGCUGUCUGGUUGGCCUGCUGCCUGCUGCACUAGUGCUUGAUAGCUGGGCGCGACUGGGCACAUAUGGCGGGCGGUGCCUGUACAAACCGACCCCGGCUAUGUCCGGGAGAUGAGGCUAGUAUCGGAACCUUCGGCCUCAGACGGAGGACGUGGCGUGGCGGCACAGCCCACUUUUCCCUUGCAAGGGAGAGCCACCUUCUCUUGUUUCCAGCGCUUCAAAGCGCGUCACGCUUCAGGCUUCCUGCUGCUUUUAGGGUGGUCUGGCAUGUGUGACACAGGCUGGUUCAGAGCCCCCCAGCCUUUGGAGGGAUUUGAAUAGGCUUCUGGCGGGCUCUGCAGGGCUCUGGCGGCGGGCUCUGGCGGGCUCUGCAGGGCUCUGGCGGGCUCUGCAGGGCUCUGGCGGGCUCUGCAGGGCUCUGAAGGGCUCUGAAGGGCUCUGGAGAGCUCUGAAGGGCUGUCAAGGCAAACUACCGGCAGUGCUAUUCGCCGGCACGGGUGUGAUUCCGUGAGAGUUGGCGUGUCAUGACGUACGCAGCAGUAGUUGUGGUUGGAACCGGCGGACAGGAGAAGUGACUUCAGUCGCAUCAGCCUGUCGGAAGGGCGCAGAUGAGAGGCACGAGUGACACGCCGUACACUGGGAGCAGCUUACAGCGGGCAAAGACGCCCAGAAGCGGCACUGUCCGCUGAUACUCCCUAUUGGCACAACAGAUCUUGUCUCUGUGACUCCGAGCGAGUGGACUGAUCACCUGCGAGCUUCGAGGACGCCGGGCGUGUUCAGCGGCAGGCAAGACCCGUGUUGGCCAGCUAGCAUAUUCAUCCGCUUUUGGUACCGCGCAGCAGACCUGCGCGACUACGACGGCAGUCAUCAUUGUCCCCUGUGCGCAUCACGGACAUGCUCUAAAACGCGAUGGCGCACGGUGUGGUAGUCAGGACGUGGUUGUCGCUUCUAGUGUA